UACAUAUAUAUAUAUAAACACAAGAUACAUUCCUGCUUUAGUAAUCUGAUAAUUGGUCUCCUUUUGCCUUCAUAAGGAAUCCAUCAAAAUCAAGCUUAGAUCUUGUGUGUGUGUGUGUGUGUGUGUGAGAGAGAAAAAGAGAGAGAGAGAGAGAGAGAGGUGUUUUUGUAUCUCUUUGUGUGUGUGUGUAUAUAUAUAUUAUAUCCAUAUAUACCUGUUGGUUGGUGAUUGAAGGAUGCAAGGUUUUAGAUUUAACUGUUUGUUAGCAUCAGUGUGUAUCCUUGUACAUUACAUUUGGCUUCUACCACCUGUGACUUGCUCUUCCCAUCAAGACCUUACGGAGUUAAGUACCAAUGAUCAAUAUGUUCACAAGUUGAGUCCCCAAAUGACCUCAAAAGUGGCACUCCAUGGGAUUCUCAUGUGGCUCUCAAUGGGUUUCUUAAUGCCAAUGGGCAUACUUACUAUUAGAAUUUUACCCAAUAAUACACAGGAGACUGGGACAAGGCUCAAACUUCUUUUCUAUCUCCAUGGAAUCUUUCAGACACUUUCAGUACUUGUUGCAACAGUUGGAGCAGUGAUGUCUAUCAAAAAUUUUGAAAAUUCAUUCAACAACAAUCACCAAAGACUAGGUCUAGCUCUUUAUGGAGGCAUGUGGGUGCAAGGCAUAAUUGGAUUUCUCAGGCCUCCUAGAGGAGACAAAAGAAGAGCAACAUGGUUCUUUAUACAUUGGAUUCUUGGGACAACAAUAUGUGUGGUGGGUAUUAUAAACAUCUAUACAGGUUUAGAAGCCUACAAGGAAAAAACAGGAAGAAGCACAUUGGUUUGGACAAUACUUUUCACAAGCCAGGUGUGUGUUAUUGCUUUCAUUUAUCUCUUCCAAGACAAAUGGGAAUACACAUUAAAGCAAGCUACAAAUCCAGUCAUUGCUGAUCCUCAGCCACCACCUGAUCUUCAUACUCAAAAGGUGCUAUUGCCUUUGCCUUGUGCCAAGCACAAUGCACUUCAGAAUUUGUUUGACUAGCUAUAAUAUAUAACUACUCAUCUAUAUUUUUCAUUUAACCAUUCAUAUUUUCCUAUACCUAUAGAACUCGUAAUAGUUUAUUUAUUAUUUAUCUUAUAUAUAUAUAUAUACACACACACACACCAUCAAUCCACAAUAUUCAUAUUCCACUUUUUGAUAUGCAAACUGGUAGUGAAGUGUCAAACAGUGGGCUAUGAGUACUAAUUCAUCUUGGACCAUAUUUUUUCCUUGUGAAAGGAUUUUGGGAGUGAUGUGUACCUACUGUCAA